AACCUUCGUCGUUGAUGCGGAUUGCUUCUUCUAGGGUUUCGACCAAAUGCAUGGGGAAGCUGCGAUCUAGGGUUUGGGGCUUCGAUUUCUGGAGCAAUUUCCAUCGAAGUUGACGUUGUUCGUUGCUUCCUGUUGUCGAAUAGUGGAAAAGUCUCUGCUUGAGCUCUGAUUCUUGUUGGGUUUCUUCCAUUUCCGCUGUUUUUCGCAUGUCUCUGCGAAAUCCGUGGAAUCUUGGGCUCAUUUUUGGUAUUCAUCUUCUGAGGGUUCUAUGUUCCUUUUAAGUGCAGGCGGUUAGAGGUUUUCGUUUUAUGGUUUCAUUCAUUCAAGGGUUAGGUCACUUUAUUUGCCUCUGGGAUCUUGGGUUUCUCAGUUAUGUUUCGUUUAGGGGGUUGUCUCAUCUUUAAAAUUCAGUGAAUUUGGGUAUCUUAGGGUGAACAAUUGCGGAAUUUUGGCCAGCUUCCAGUGUUCUUAGAUUUAUAGGUUUCUUUCCUUCUGAUAUUUAGUGUAAUAGAAGCCUAUAUUUCUGGUAUUUUAUUAAAAACUCUGUGCCAUUUGGUUGUUUUUCUGCUUCGAAGCUUCAAUUUUUACCUCCCUUAAGCCCUGUUCUGUAAUUAGGUUUCUCUUCCAUUUCUGAACCGAUUUCAGUGAUUGGGGGAUUUUUGGCGAUGAUUAUUCUUGAGAUAUUUGAUUCUUAGUGAUUUGAUUAGGUUUUUGCCCCUUUUUGUUGAGAUGAACCCAGAAAAUGGCACCUUUUCUAGGUGUGUAAGGCACCCGUCUCAGUUCUUCACUGGUUUCUGUUCACUAUGCUUGGUUGAAAGGUUAUCAAGUGUUGGUUCUGCGGAACAGAGCUUGAAACCUUCGGAUGGUUCCCAGUGUGAAAUUGUUGAGGUCUCCUUCGCCGUUCCUGGUGCUGAUAAGAAGCCUAAGGAGGUCAGAGUAAGGAAGACUCUGCUAUCUUUAUUUCAGUUGGAUGAUGCUGACAGUAUUGCUAGCAAGGAAAAUCCAUCAAAAGACCUGCUUGUGACAGAGAAUUCAGGUGUUGGGAGUAUCAGGUCUUCAGAACAUGGGUAUGAAUGCAAAACUGGUGUUUCCGAUGACGUGAAUAGUUCUAAGAAUGUUCAGGUUGAGGUGAGCUCUAGGGUUUCAGAGAACAAUUCCGAGGCCACUGGCAAUCUUAGUGAUAAUGCUGGAUUUGGCAGGAAAGUCAAGUCCUUAGAAGAUGGGAAAUUGAAAGGCAAAGGCGUGCCAUUUUGGUUGAAUUUAAUGCUGCCAAAUAAGGGAUUGAGAUGGAGAAAGAGUAGCACAUUCAAGAAGAACCAGCUGAAUCACAGGAACUUGAGUGAUGGAGUCGGGGAUAAACAGCUGGAUAGCAAGACUGACUUCCGGCAUUCUUGUGACUGGAGGGUGUCUCAUGAUUCCAGCAAGACCUCAUACUGGGAAUUACCUAGACAUUCAUGGGAUGGUUCAAUGGUGAGCAAGGCACUAGCAUGUUCAUUUGCCUGCCUUGAAGAACGUGGAGAUGGUUGUGGUAGGACAAAGAAAAGUUUACCUGAAGAAAUUGUAUGUUCAGACCAUAAGCCAACUGCUGAUAAUUGUGUUAUUAGCAAAACUGAUAAUGAUAGAACAUUAUCAUCACAAAGUAGUUUGGGAAGCCAUUGCAAAGAGCAGAGUUGCAAAGAAUCUAAUUCAGAUAUCAAAUUUUCGGAUAUCAGCAGAAAAAAAUCCCACAGGUGGAGUAGAGUGUGGGAUCGCAGUAUGACAAGUCCUUUCAGGGAUUUUGUAAAGAAGCGUGAACAUGUGUUGGAGAGGUCUCUGUCUGAGUCCUGGCAAGGCCGGCAGGACAAGAGUAUGGAAACUGCAGGAUCUGUCGGUGGAGUACAGUAUAAUGGGAAUGGCUUCAAUUCUGUUAGAACAAGCCAGAGCAUAAACCGAAUUAUAAAUGCUGCUAAUGGUGAUCUUCAUAAUUCUAGACCUGAUUGGCAAAAGAAGAGGGCAUACGGGCUUGGUCGAAGCCGGAGUGUACAUUACUCUUCCCCUGGGAACAUAGAUAAUGGACUUCUUCGCUUUUAUUUAACUCCUUUAAGAAGCAGCAGAACCGCAAGCAAGAGUAGGGCGAAAAAUUCACAUUCAUUUGCCAGAGGCAUCUUUGGGUUUUACUGAAAGCAACAGCACUAUACCCAAAGGAUGCUAAAUUUACAUGGUACACUUAUUUUAUGUGCAGUCCAAGUCCAUUGCUCGCUGUGAAAAAGUGUUAUGUGAUGCUGAGUGCUCUUUAUGACUCUGAAGAUGGAAAAAGAUGUGCCAGAGUCUGUGUAGCUUGGUUGCAGCAUUUUGUAUCCACUAGAUCUUGGUUGUGAAACGGAGCAAAUGGUGAGCGCUUGGAGGAGAUGAUUUUUGCUUCAGUGCCGAAAGGCUUGAAGAUGGUAGCAGAAGGUGGUUGUGUUCAGCAUGAGAUAAUGUUGGGAAGGUGAUUACCUAGGGGACUGUAAGCAUCUCAGGGAUAGCAAGAAAAAGGGAUUAUUCUUGACAUUUGAGGCCUUCAAAGAAAGGACCAGAAGGGGGAAGAGGAAACACAUGAGAGUCAAAAUUUCCAAUUAGAAAAUAAAAGAAACAUAAAUCAACCUUGAUAAGAGUAGGGUGGAAUUGGAGGGCCAAUUUGGUUUCUGGGGCCUCUAAUCAAUGCCUUAUCCAAGUCAAGUUUGGUAAAAGUAAUGGGUGCUGACUGAGGGGCUGUUGUCUAAAACUCAACUGUGUCAGUUCCAAGCACAUGUUUACAUUAGAUGCAAAAAAAAAUUCAGGGAUGUGUGUGGAGAAACUCUUUUGUUUUUUUUCAGUCAUCCCUUAACAUAUAGAUCCAGUGACACCCUCCCAUUAAACUGCUAUUCACCAUCAAUGGACUGUUAUUUA